UGAGUGCUUUUUGUUCUUCUUUACGUAAGUUGCUUCUGGGUGGAUUGCUGGAGCAGAGAACAUUGGUGACUUCAAGUCUGGUUGGCUUUGGGUAAAGGAAUGAGGCUUUCUUAGAGAAGUGGGAGGAAGCUGCAUGUGACUAUUGGGAUCGUGUAUGCAAACGUUGAGACACUUCAGAUGUGGCCUUCUCUAUCGGUGUGUCCUUGGGACUAGAUGAGGAUGCUUUGUUAGAAGCAUGAGAGGAAUCAACAUGCGACCGCUGAGAUGGUGCAUGCGAACAAUGGGACACUUCGGAUGUGGCCUUCUCAUCCAGUGUAGUCUUCCUAUUAAGAAUGGCUUGGAUAAUGUCUUUGUUACUUCAAAAUUGCCUAUUAUGUCUUUGUUUAACAUCUGGAGGUGCAGCAUGUCCUUCUGGAGUUUUUUGUCAUUUAGUUGUGACUGGAUGUCGUUGAGGCAGCCUUCAUAAACUGUCCAUUACAUGAGGAGCUCAUCCAAGUCAUCGUCCAUUGAAUGCUGGUGUUUGCGGGGUAACUCUUCUUUGGGUUUGUCGCAGAGUCGCUGCAACAUCUUCCAGGAAUUCUUGUGCCAUUGAUAAAGCCUUUCCAAAUCCCCCAACAGGUUCAGCUGCUUAGUCUGAGUAGGCUUUCUAUGCUGCUUCAAUGCUGAGAUGCCUCUGCCUUUUCUGAGAGUUGGACAUCCAAUUCUGAGUUUUGGACAACCAAUUCUUAGUUUGUGUCGGGGCUAGAUGUGGGGUUCAGCAUUUCUCAUGCAUCUGCCAUGGCUAGAAAAGAUUCCAUGACUAGGAUUAGCACAGGAAAUUUCCUAAAAGUAUUAUGAAUUUUGAGUUCAUUUCACCUUUUGGCCAGUAGGGUGUUGCGUGAUAUAAGCUUUGACAUAGGCUUGUAGUUUGCAGGCUAGCCACCAAAGGGCGCUGUGUGCAAUUAAUGUUUGAAGUAACUGGCUUUAGGCACUUUUCCUUUAUUUGAGGUUUAUAAAGCUGACUCCCAGUUUGGGGUUCCCGUUCUCUUCCCUUUGGGCUGUGUUCGCUUUGUACUGUUAAAGGUGUCAAACAAAAGUAAAUGAAACAUCUAAGUAGUGACUUUCUGCUGGUUAGAAUUUGUGUACUUGCUUAGCAUUCCUGGUUUUUCAUAUGCAAAUUGACCUAGCCAGGCUAGAGGAGCUGCUUCUAUUAUGUAAAUUCUGCUUCCAUGGAAACCUUUCCAUGAGGCAAUUUCAGUUAAGCUUAGAUGGAGUUUCUCUUUGGUUUGCAAAGAAAAGGAAUCAAACUUUUAGUUUUGUUACACUCAAACAGUUCUUUUAUUUUGCGAGAUCAGAAUGCAAACAUGCUUUACUAAAUGCAGAAUCUGCUUUUCCAGUAUAUCAGAGGAGAAACAAAGAGUCUAGCCUGUAAGCAUUCUUCCACAAACCAAAACAGGCUUUUCAGAACAGAUUGAGCCAGCUAGGUUGUAGAGACUGCUUUUCUCAUGCAACUCUUUGCACCCCUUUAGCACAUUUUCUUAAUCACAACAAAGUCCUUCUUCUCAGGAUAAUUAAUCAGCCUUUCUCACUGAAACGGGAUGUUCCUUUUUGCUCCAAGAAGGGGUGGGGGAAAUCCCAGCAGCUUUUCUCAGUUAAAUGCAAAUGGAGUUUGGGAGUUUGAGAUGCAAGUUCUGCCUCGACUGCUCUAGUCCUGCUCGGGGCAUCUAGUUAGCUCCACGCUUUGGAAUCUUAUUCAGAUCAACUUUAAGAUACGGCUGACUUUCCAUAAUCUGUCUCAUCACGUGGUGUAAAAAGAUGAUGAUUUUGCUCCCAUGUUGAGAGAGGAGGCACACUCAUUGUUUCCCGGUGGAGUUGGCGAAUCAGAAACACAGAUGUGCAAACAUGUCAUGGAACUACAUUUCCCAGAAGGCAGUCUCUGUCUACAUUUCCCAGAAGGUAAUUUCUUAAAGGAGACAGCUUUUAAUUACUACACUAUCUAUAUAUUGCUUGGGCAGCACAGUCACAGUCUAAAACUGGGAAAAGGUGUUAAGUUCUCUGAAAGAACCAGGCGGGAGGCAUCUGAGAUAAAGGUAAGUCAACCAACGUUUAUUAACAGGCAAUGCAGAACAAGAACAGUAGACUGGCACCCACUCUCUAUCAGACAGCUAUUUAUACGGAGCUGUCAGACAGGGAAACCAAUAGCCGCGCGUUUGACAGCCCGGCAACCGCAGGUCGCGCCUGAUUGGCUCCGGCGCACCUGGCUGUUGCGGAGCUGUCAUUCGUAAGUCCAAGGACUUAACACCUCUUCCCCCCCAGCGAGGGCGCAUGCGUCAAAAGUGGCGCAUGCGUACUCUUGCAGGUAGGCAGGCAGACAGCGGACACGCCCAGAACACCUCAGUUGAAGAGGCUGCACCGGCGAGAGAAAACAUCACUGUGAGAGCUCCUCCCUGAAGGGAGUGGAGCUCCGGGUGACGUCACUGUGGCCUAGUCCAGUAGGCGGAACCCUAGGAGAAGGUUGAACUCAGAGCCCGUGAUCCCACCAGCUCGUCGCCAGUGUUAAGUUCUCUGAAAGAACCAGGCGGGAGGCGUCUGAGGUAAAGAUGGAAGCCUUUAUCAACCGUACUGGACCCAGUGGAAAUUUGGAACUGCAAAACUGCGGAAGUGAAAAUUUCCUCUAUUUUGCCUAUGGUAGUAACUUGUUGCGGGAAAGAAUAAUGUUAAGAAACCCUUCUGUGGCUUUCCUUACCAUAGCACAAUUACUGGAUUAUAAACUUGCUUUUGGUUCUCAUCAAGGGAAACCAAGUCUCCAGUGGAAAGGAGGUACAGCUACUAUUGUCUAUAGCCCUGGUGAAGAAGUAUGGGGGAUAAUAUGGAAAAUGAAUACUAGUGAUUUAUAUUCUCUGGAUAGACAAGAAGGAGUAGAAAAUGGCAUUUAUAUUCCAAUUGAAGUAACAGUUCGGAUUCAGGAUGGAAAAAUAGUUAAAUGUCGUAGUUAUCAGAUGAAUGACUAUGUCCUUGAUCUUCCUUCUCCACAAUAUAAGAAGGUCAUCUGUAUGGGUGCAAAACAGAAUGAAUUGCCAGUGGAUUAUCAAAAGAAAUUAAAUUCUAUAGAGACUAACAACUAUGCAGGAUCUGUACCAGUGUUGGAGGAAAUUGAAGCUGCUCUCAAUGCAUCAGGGAAACAAAAUAAUGAAGAUCAAUUUUAGUAUAACUUGCUUUUACUGUGUUGGAAUCUUGUGUGUCUAUUUAUCUUAUAUUACAAUAGCCUAGAUAUAGUUCAGGGAUGUCAAAACUGCAGCCCGUAGGCCAGAUGCAUCACGUGCUAGGUACGCCCAUGCCAUUUAGUGAAGAGGAAAAGUCAUGAUACAUCACGUGAUGAUUCCAUGAUGAUGCAAGUUUGACAUCCCUGAUAUAGUUAAUGUCAAAAUAACUGGAGGAUACUAUAUACACCACAAGGUAUAAGAUGAUCCUUGAUUAUUGUUUACCUUUACGUUUUUCUGUUUCUGUAUUUCUGCAAUAAAUUGACACUGGAAAUGA